CCGUUUGUUAAUGCAUUAAACAGUUUUGUAGUGGGUGGAGUUUUGUCUUGAGUUCUACGUUCUAGUGUUUAAAGAAUUUCCACACUCACUUCAGAUUGCACUUCGUUUGUCUUAUCUUGGGUUAUCUUUCCGACGUUCGAGUGUAAACUUACUGAAAUGUAAUAACUGAAUGUUCUUUCUCGUUGGUGGCAGUUGUCUGUUUUCUAGAACUGUAGGCUAUAGGUACGGAGUUGACAUCUUCAAGUACGGAGAAACCGCAAUGGACUCACUCCCAUUGUUAGUACUGGAUAAAAUCGCAGAGCACCUGACACCCUACGAGCUGGCAGUGUGUUCUGCCGUUAGUGUGGGCUGGAGGGAUGCCUUCAACCAUGACAGUCUGUGGAGGCCACACUGCAACGAGGACACGGCACAGUACCUGGAGACUGCGGAGUGUAGAGUGGAGCCGAGGUUUGAGUCUCUGGAGUCGGAGGACGUCACGCUGAGUCCUGCCUGUCGCUGGCGGAUGUGUUACAUGCGUGAGAUUCACCUGCGGAAAAACUGGAGGCAGUGUAACUGUAUCAAAGAUGACAUACUGGUCAAGGAUUUAUAUCUUAAUGAUAUGUAUAAUUUCGUUUGUAAUGACUUGGUCAUUAACACACAAGAAGAUUCCAGUCACAAAGUGAAUGUUUCACUCUGGAACGUCAAAAGCGUUCCAGUAAGAUUAGGACACCCAUUUAGUAUCUCGUUCAAUGGAGGUGAUAUUAUAAUGGUCAACGAAAAAUGUUUAGUGAUUGUGAAGAUACAUCACGUGGAAGUUUACAACUGUGAGGCAUCCUGUGACUGCGAGUGGCCCAUGAGGUAUUUUUUCUUUGUUGGUGGGACUGAGACGUAUCUAUCUGGUGACAAAGACAAGAUUUUGACUAACGAUAAUGUGCACGAAUGUAUUAAAUCUUAUUAUUUUACAGGAACAUAUUUUGUUUACGUUACAACAAACAACAGUGAUCUUCACAUAUGGGAUCUCAAUGUUGGUACAGAAUUAAAUCGAGUGAAGUUUCCCGUGUAUGACGAACUUGUUCCAGAUGUUGAAAAGUAUUUACAACAUUAUCAAAUCCGAGAAUGA